AAAUCUCCGCCUCACUCACAGAUUUUCUCUCUUUGCAGCAGACUCACUAUACAACCCUUUGGGCAUUCAUGUUUUCAUGGAAAGUGAAAUGAAUCUAAAUAGCCUGACCCUGCUUCACUCCCAUCAGAUUUAUGUCUGCAGGGGAAUUGACUGUGAGCAUCAUUGUUGCUAGGUAAUAAUCAGUGACAUCAGCGUACCUGUACCCACCUGACUCACUGCUGCUCCCUUUAGAUGAGAAAGUGCUCAACAACAGAGGUGGUGGUUCUCCGUCUCCUGGAGCAACAUGUCUGGUUAUGUGAUUACCAGAGAUGCUAAAUAAAAGCUGUUAAACUGAACAUUCUGACACAGAUGUGCCCCCAUGGACAGUGAGAUGAUUUCUCAAGGAACAAAGGAUGUGGAGUGAUGCAAUGGCACUCGGGCACGGCUCCAAAAAGUCAAUUUCAUGUGGCCAGGGGGUCACAGCUGCUUCUCAGGUAGCAGCUGGUGCACAAGCUGUGGCUCCACCCAUCAGGAAGACGCUGUCCUGCAAGUGUCUCCUGGUCUUCCUUAUCAUCAUCCUCAUAGCUGCAGGAGCCGCACUGGCCUGGUACUUCCUAGGAACUUCUCUGCUGAUCUGUCCUCCCACAGCAGUCCUGCAUUCAAGAAAGAGGCCAAGGGAGUACAGAACAUGGUAGAGAAGAUAAUGAAGGGCUCAAGUCUUUCUCGAUAUUUCAACUGCACCACUGUGUUCGCCUUUGGGGAGGGGAGUGUUGUGGCUCACUUCUGGAUAGUGAUGUCUGUGCCAGGCAGCCAUGUUGGGAAGGUCACACUGGAGAAGGUCACCGGGAGCUUGGAGAAUGGCCUGAGGUGGUAUAGAGGGUCAGAGGAGGAGGAGACUGUCAGCAUCGAUGGAUACCUCCUCCUCCCCUCGCUGUCUGUCACUGAAACGGACAACAAAGUUAUAGAGCUUUUGAAAGCCUCAUUUGACUGCUACCGCUACCAGAAGGUGGUGUCCAGUAGUCCUGUAGCUCUCCGUGGCCCCGACACACAGUGCGCCUCCUGCCUGUGGCACCUCCAAGCCGCCCCCGGCUCCCAGCUGGAGCUCCACAUGGAGUGGCUGCUGCCAGAGUGUCGAGACAGGCUGGUGGUGUACAACUCCCUCACCCCGACUGAUACUCAGCUCAUCACCUCAGUAUAUGGCUGCAGCAGGCAUGAGCGUGUGGUGCGUGUCCUGUCAUCAGGCGAGUGGAUGACGGUGGUUUGGAAACAGGGUUUGUACAACUAUAAGGACCCCUUCUCUCUGUCUGCACAAGCCUGGGACCACCAGGUAUUUUGACAUCCAGCAGAGCUGUAAAACUAAUAAUUCUUCUCAACCCGGAAGUUGAA